GAACAGGAAAUACAGUGGUGAUAAUGGUUGGCUAUCCAAAAGGAAUAGAGAUAUUGGAGCCAGUACGAAGGGGGAUUCCAGUAAAAAUGACUAUUGUUGUUGGCACGCGACAUGUGCAGGAAUAUAUUAGUGGUCAGUCGGUUGUGUUUGUAGCCAUCGCCUUCAUCACCAUGAUGAUUAUAUCGCUUGCUUGGCUCAUAUUUUACUAUAUACAACGUUUCCUGUAUACAGGAUCACAGUUUGGAAACCAGGGACAUAGGAAAGAAACCAAGAAAGCAAUCAGCCAGCUUCAGCUCCAUACUGUGAAACGUGGAGAAAAGGGUUUAGAUGUUGAUGUGGAAAACUGUGCUGUGUGCAUUGAGAACUAUAAACUAAAAGACACUGUCCGAAUUCUGCCAUGCAAGCACAUCUUCCAUAGAACGUGCAUUGACCCUUGGCUUUUGGACCACCGAACUUGUCCAAUGUGUAAACUAGAUGUUAUCAAAGCUUUGGGAUACUGGGGGGACCCUGAAGAUGUACUUGAAGUUCCAAUACCCGAAUCAAUAAGUGGCAGUGUUUCAGUUGGAAGUCUGAGUAUUGCUCUACAAGAUGAUGACAGAAAUGAAGUAAGCGAAUUGUCAGCUUCCUCCACUAAUGAAUCUGUAUUGCAAUGUACCAGUUUAAAAGAGGACGCGGGUGAAACCACAGCAUUACUUGAUGUGGGUGUCAGUAAUAACCGGCAUGGAGAACAUCUAUCUAAUGGAAAUUCCCACUGAACUGCUUCAUGGAAGAUAUCUUGAAUAGACUGUUGAAGAACUAUUAUUUUUUAUUUAAUUAGUAUGGACUUUUGUCUAGUUAACAGAAAAAAUAACAAUGUAAAUUAUUUUACCUUUCAAACUUUUCUAGCUGGUGUUCCAAAAGGGCUAAUAACUAAGAAUUUUGUACACAGGAGGAUUUUAUAAAAUCUCCUCUGGAUGUCUCAUCCUAAAAAAAGAUGCAAUAACCCUUUUUCUGUAAGCAUUGUUACAAUGUCAUUGUGUUCCAGAGGGCUGUAACAAAGAUGAAGACUAGGCAGUGAAAACAAUGUAGAAUGUCUAACAGAUAAAUAUUUUGGAUGCACUAUUUACAUUCAGUAUGUACACAUGGAGAACACUUACAAGACUACAACUAUUAAAAUGUUCUGAAAGCUCUGAUCUGUUGUAAUUGGAAAUGUAUAUUCUUAGAAAAGACAUAAUCUAACCUUGAAGGAAUCAAAUAACUUCACGGAUAUGUUGCAUAUCC